AUGCUAAAAAGGCGACUUUGCAAGAAUAUAAACUAUAGAAUUACCCCUUUCUCGCAUUUUCACAGAAUGACUCAUCACAAAGUUACUAUUAUUGGAUCGGGUCCAGCAGCUCACACAGCAGCUAUUUACUUAUCUAGAGCAGAAAUCAAGCCCACUUUAUAUGAAGGUAUGUUGGCUAACGGUAUUGCUGCUGGUGGACAGUUAACAACAACAACAGAGAUUGAAAACUUUCCAGGCUUUCCAGCUGGUAUCGAGGGUUCAGCUUUGAUGGAUAGGAUGAAAGAACAGUCUGUCCGUUUUGGAACCGAGGUCAUCAGCGAGACAAUUUCCAAAGCAGAUUUAUCUCAAAGACCUUUCAAGUUGUGGACUGAAUGGAAUGAAGAUGGCGAGCCCAUCACCACUGAUGCUGUAGUUAUUGCAACUGGGGCUUCUGCAAAGAGGAUGCACUUACCGGGAGAAGAAACUUACUGGCAACAAGGAAUAUCUGCUUGUGCAGUUUGUGACGGAGCUGUUCCAAUCUUCAGAAAUAAACCAUUAGCCGUUGUUGGAGGUGGUGAUUCUGCUUGUGAAGAGGCCUUAUUUUUGACAAAAUAUGGCUCCAAGGUUUUCCUUUUGGUAAGAAGAGAUCAAUUAAGAGCAUCUACUAUUAUGCAAAAGAGAGUUAAGAAUAACGAUAAACUAGAAAUCUUAUGGAACACGGAGGCAGUCAAGGCUAAUGGUGAUGGAAAGCUUUUGCAAUCAUUGGAGGUUGUCAAUAACAAGACGAACAAACACAGUGAUUUGCAAGUCAACGGAUUAUUCUAUGCCAUUGGUCAUCUUCCAGCUACUAAAAUUUUUGCUAAUCAAUUGAAGACAGAUGAAACCGGAUACAUCUUGACUAAUCCUGGUACGGCUGAAACCUCUAUUCCAGGUGUGUUUGCUGCAGGUGAUGUUCAAGACAAGAAAUACAGACAAGCUAUCACUUCUGCUGGUACUGGUUGUAUGGCCGCUUUAGAUUGUGAAAAAUUUUUGGCUGAACAAGAAGUAUAA